UCUCGGUGUCAUCGUGGUCAGCAUGCGCCGGCGCUCGUGUCGUGAGCAGACGCACGUAAAAUAUAUUUUUAUCUAAUUCAACCGUGUUAUUUUACGACAACCGUUAUUUACACGUUAAUAUAUAUAUUUGCGAAUAUAUCCUAAAAAAGUGUAUAAGUGAUAAGUGACUGAUAUAUAAAUCCAAAAUGAAAUUAUUUCUAGUUUUUACGAUAUUUACUCUGGUUGCGGGUGAUCCCGAAGGAUCUUUUUGCUGUAAGCCGAAUCAGGGUGUUUUGGAUGUCGACGAACACAGCUGUUUGGAUAUUAAACGUAAUAUAACAACACCAAUAAAACUUGAAUGUGAAAACGUGGUUUCAAUAUCGACAUCGGUGCUAAACUUUAGUGUCACGGAUGAAGGCUUUUUGAUCAUAUUUAUGGACGAUACGGAACCACAAGUCGAUAAAGACAGCUUCUGCGUUGCGAAUGAAACAACCAACAGUUCUGAAAGACUUUUAGUACUGUGUGCGGACCAGGAUGAAGUUAUUGUUGAUGAAAAAGUUUUAGGAUACUGUAUGCUGGUGUCUGUUAUAUUUCUGAUCCUGACAGCCGUCGUUUAUUGUUUGCUACCGGAGAUGAGGGAUAUCCAAGGGAAAAGUAUAAUAAACUUUUGUCUUAGUUCAGCAAUCGGAUUCGGCGUUUUGUCAUUUAUGAAGUUAUUCGAAUACUCAGAUAUGAAUCUAUGCGCUGCAAGAGGUUUCUUAGUGUAUUUCUUUUUAAUCGCGAGCUUCUUUUGGACGAAUGCUAUAUCCGUACAAAUUCUUCUUAAUAUAAGACGACCAGCUACCUCGGAUUACGGCUGGAAACCUUUCAUAUGGUACGCCCUAUACGCUUGGGGUAUUCCUGUCAUCUUAACCGUUUGUAUGGCCAUCGUCAACUUCCACCCGGGACGGCACCCGAAACCUGGUAUCGGAUUAAAUACGUGCUGGUUUUAUACUAAAAAACAACAGUGGCAGUACAUGUACAGCGUGAUGACGAUCCUCAUCUUAACUAAUAUCGGUAUAUUUUUGUACAUAUCGAUACAUCUUUGCUGUAAUUCCUUCGCCUCGAGUCACAUAAAGGCAUUAAAAUACAAACUUCUAAUGACUGUCCGACUAUUCAUAGUGAUGGGACUGCCGUUCGUUUUCGAAAUGAUCAGUUCGCUAUUCAAACCUCACAUAGUAUGGGUCGUGAUUGACAUAUUUAACACUCUACAAGGACCGUUAAUUUUCUUGAUACUGGUCGUAUUUCGACGUAAAGUUAUAAAGGCAAUGCACAAGAGAGGCUGGUUGGACUGUAUGUCUAAUAUGGUAGAGCGCCAUCUAGCGGUCGGCAACGAUGAAGAGGACAUCGUACACCACACAGAUGUCGCUCUCGAUGAGAGGACAGCUAUCUAGUCUUACAAAUAUCAAGAAAUAUUGAUAAAAAUAUAACAUGGUUCUUAAUACUAUGUACGUAAGAACUAAUAUUGAAUAAUUGUACAAGUACGUAAUGUUUCGUGUGCAAAGUUUUUUUUUUGUACCCAGUUAGCGUGUAUGAGUCAGAACUAUUUACUCAUUAAGCGCUUUAAGCUGAUAGUAAUUUUCACCUUAAAUAGCAAUGAUUUCUUGGAAUCUCUCCGGUGACGCAUGACGGGAAGUGUAGUAAAUACGAACUUUAUAAUUAUGUCGUAUUUGAAUGACGUUAACGCUUACUAUUAUUACUAUAUGUAAAUCCAUAUGAAUAUGAAUGAGAACUAAUUUAAUGUCGAUUUGUAUAAAAGUUAUGAUUAAUUUAGUCACUUGAUAUUUGUAUCUGGUUAUACAUAAUUAUAUAAAUCUUAUUAUAUUGUUAACAUUAUUACGAUGCUGUUUUGUUAAUAUAUAGGUGUAUAGAUAAUAAUCAAAUUGAAACACCUAAUCCAUGUAUUGAAUUAAUAAAACAGUAUAUAUCCAACGGUAUUCAAUACGAGCGCCAAAAGUGUGCAAAUCUUCGAGAAAUCGAUAACUCAUGUUCAUACUUGAGUAUCCAAGAUUCGACCCACAUCGACAUAUUAUGUGUGGGUCGAAUUAAAAAAACAUAUACAAAUGUAAAUGUCGUUUAUAUUUCUCAGUACACGACAAAAUCAUUAUUUAGAUUUAAUUGACUACCUACUCAUACGGUCAAAUCUUGCCAUUUUUUUUUGUAUAAAAAAUGUUGCCAGAUUAUAAACUUUGUAGAAAUCGCUCUGUUUUCAGAAUAUUAUAAUAAAAAAAUUAUGUGCUAUAAAUUAAUCGGUUUCAAUGACUUUACGAAAAAUCGAUAUUUCGACACAAACGACCAUUUAAUAAUAGUAUUAUAAACACUUAAUGUAUUUGUUUGUAUCUAAGCGCUAAUCUCAAGGAAUAAUUAAUAUAUUUUAUAAGUAUUAUAUUUCUUUAUUGAACUCAAGCAAGCAAAUCGGAAGACCUGUUAUAUGCAGCUAGGGUUGCCAAGCCCAAAAAUAGAAGAACUGGUCUCCGUAUACAAACAGAUACUUUAUUUAAGGACCUUUCCUUAAUAUUCAAAGUAGAAAUUAUAUUAUUAGCAAUUGUAAAUAUCGAAUUUAAUUUGUUAAUCAAAUUAAUUACUUAUAAAUAGGCACAAUCUCUAUUAACAUACAUAUAUACCCGAUAAGCAUCAUAGAUAAAUGUAUGGAAUUUAAAAAUAUAUUAAAUUAGUUAUACUAUUAAUAUUUCUGACAUAUUGUUAAUAAUUUUAAAAAAUAUGCUAAAAAUAAAUAUGUAAAAUAAUAAUAACGCAUUUAACCACCGAAACUAUAAUUUAUAAUUUAAAUGUACUUAAAUACAUUAAACAAAUAUGUAUGACAUUUAUGUAUGGCAUUUAAAUUAAAAUGUAAUCUUUAAGAAACAACACUUGUAGCAUUUUUACAACCCUUAUUUUUUUCGACAUAAAUGCAACUGGAUACUUGUGUUUGUUUGUGUUUUUUACAGUAACAUAAAUAAUGUAUAAAAUUUCAAUCAAAUAUAUUAUUUCAAUGUCAUUUAAAUUAGUCAAAAUUGUGUUCUUAAGCCCAAAACGCUGUACCUUAUGCCUGUCUAGUGUAAGCGUAUGUUGUAUUAUGACCUUUUAGCCAAUAGUAAUACCCAGAUCUAUCUUGAGGCAGGGUACAGAGGGUGCAAAAAAACUCGAACGCCACGCGUUGCGAGGUACCCAGCCGAUAAAGGUCAAGUUUUCGAUUAACUAUGAGGUGCCCCAUAAGAUCUAUGAAAGAUAUUUUUGUGGAAUUUGAGAUAGUUCGAACACUGCUUGCAUUCGGGCGCUUGGAAUGCUUAAGAUUGGUCCGGUAAAAACUACUGUUACACAUAGAAUAUUAGAAAAAACUCAAUAAAAACAUUGAUAACAUUAUUUUUUUUUAAUAAAUAUCAAUAAUUGCAAAAUGCACUUGCACUAAUUUAUAUGCAAUACAACAUACAAUAACUAACUAGUCGUAGUCUGAGAUUUAAAGACAAACUACUGCAUAGUGCGUCACGAUUGACGUGCUUUUUAAAUUUAAAUAUUAUUAUGCUUCUUUUUAGCACAUUAAUAAUUAAUUAUUUAAUUUAAUAUGCAGUACAACAACAGUUGUUAUUGUCCGUUAAUUCAACAUAACUCUAUUUAACAUAAUAUGGAUAUUACUAUUAUGUACAUAAUUUACUAAAUCAUCUUGUUUUCUUAUAUUAAUUAUAAUAUAUUUGUCAUAGCAUUGGUAACUAAAAUGACAUUUGAUUCAAAUAAUUUAACGCUUAUUGUAUUACGAAAUAAUUCAAAAUAAUGAAUACGCGUCCUAAUCCGUCCACACAGGAGGCACCUUUAGGACAUGUUUAUUCUGAGCCAUAUGGCUCACAAUAUGUGGCUCUCGUCUUAGUGAUUAUGACGAUAAUGGGUCAUAUAGUGCCCAAGUUUGUGCGCAUACACAGGUCUCUAGUCUACCACUCAUAAUCCGAUGAGACGGCAAAUCCGAAACCGAGAAGAGUUCAGGCGGGCCAACGGACUUACGUACAUUACGCAGUUAAAACUCGGGCCGGCUACUGAGAAUUGUUCGAAGACUUUAGUCUCAAUACUUACUAUCCCAGCAGGUAACGCCGUCGAGGCCAAUAGGAUAAAUUAUCCCCUAAUAAAUUCCAAAAAUAAAUAUACGUAAGUAUAUAUAGGAGUAAGUUUUUUAACUUGAAAUUAAAUUGCAUAUUUUUCAUUUAAUUCUACGUAUCAUACUUUUAUGAAAUUUACGAAAUCUUUUGAUAAUUUAUGUCGGAAUUAUAGUUUAUAUUAUCUUUAUUAAAAUAUUUUAAAUAAAGUCUUUUUGUUUCAUGACCGGUAAAGGGACAUUACAAUAAACUAUGUAAGAGACGAUAUCUCGUGUUAGUGACGAAUCGUGUGAUUCACCCGACUGUUUGUCUGUAGAAACGGAUGAUCAAUAAAUAACGCAAUCUUUACUAAUUACGUUUCCUAAUUACUCUCGUCAUUAAAUUUUAUUGUCAGAACAUCUCUAGAAACAUCAAAUCCAAAAUGUCUCCAUACCUAUGUUAUGUGAAAAAUAUAAGCACGUGAUUUUUUCAAUGUGAAGAAAAUUGUAACGGAUCUUCAUUGUGGCAUUUGAAGAAUAUAUUGUAUUAUUAUUUAAUUAUUAAUGAAUCUAUUAAAUAAGUACAUGUUACA